AAAUCACUUAGUUUAUACUAGCUUGUCGUAGAUAAACAAAAUUGUACAUUAUUACCAUAUUUCAACUGCAAAAUGGCCGGCUAUAGCAGCUCAACAACCUUAGUGUUUAGUACAAUGAAUUAUUAUGAUGAAUUUUUUUUACAAAUACGGUCAUUCUAAAGGUUAAAUUUCAAUUAUCUAAAAAUUGAAUGUCCAAGUUGGGAAUCAACAGCCCAGAGGCGCCAGACACAGUUUAGUGAGCAUCGUUAUGGAUUCAAACGAGGAAUUUGUUGUUGUUAACGAAGAAAAUGAUAAUCGUCGUGAUGCUGUGGCCCGCCUCGAUGUUCUGGUUGAUUUAUUUAAGCAGACAAUACGCACUCUCAAUCAAUCGAGUAUCCUGCUAAAGGAUGAAUUACAAACUGCCAUCACUGUAACCCUGCAAAGUAGUACACCAGAUCAUUCAUCGACUGUUGAACACUUAGUAAAGCAGCUAGAUGAUAUUUCGGUAAGCCCCGAGGAAGUGCGGAAGACCUACGUGAGGCAGCUGUGUUCACGACUAGUUGCCGUCAAUGAAGAGAAGCAAGUUGUUAUGACAGAGCUAGUGGAAUUAAAUAAUCAGCUUCGUAAAGCAGAAGCAGAGACUCGCAAAUGGAAGAAAAUCAUUGAGCCGAUUUUGAAGAUUGAAACAGAGAUCAAAAAGUUUGACUCAACGCUCUCUUCUAAAGAAGAAUCUGUUUUGGACGAGACUGGGUCACUUCUUAGCGACGACAGUACGGCCGAUGAUGUGUGCAACUUCCUUAAUUCUAUGCAUAACAGAAUUCAGACCUUGCACACUGAGGCAGCUGCAAUGAAAAAAACCGAUAAAAGCACUUCGGAGACAUACACUCAAGUUUAUUUGGCGAACAAGAUACAAAAUUCCCCUGAUAAACACUGCAUGAACAAUAUGAACUCUAAUGGUAUUCAGGUGGAUAGUCACACAUUAAAGUUUGUUACUUGUUUACCAGAUGAGAUCCCGUUGCCAUCUAUGGUUUCUUCUAAUGCCCCAAACCACGAAACUCCAGCCUGUACUAACCUUGCAAAAGAGGCGAUUGAUCAGGCUUCACUAAUGAGAAAUAUUGAUUUGAAGGAACUUGUUCGUGAAGAGGUCUUACGUAUCUUAAGUGAAAGGAAUCAAGAUUUUUCAACACCUAGCACAACAACUUCAGUGGCAUCACUGUCAGAUGAUAAACUCUUAGCUCCAGUAGCUAACACACCACCUACUCAACCAAAAACUUCUGUAACACAUAAUGCACCAAGUAUUUUAAAUCUUUGGCCACAUCUUUCUUUUAAUGGUGUCUCAAGUAAACAUGUACCCCCUCCAUUGACAGCUGGUGAAGAAGUUACAGAAAUUUCCAACAUCAACGAAUUUAAUUCAACUCCAUCUGCUCCUGACAACAGUUCAGAGUUAUCUGAAAAUGGCGGAAUCCCUUCUGAACCUAAAACAUUGAUGCCCUCAUUUUUAUCCUAUGUUGGUGGCUUUGUUCGCCGCCAAAUACAGCAAUUGACGGAGAAUCAAAACAACCGUUCCAAUUAUGGGUCAUGGUUAACCGAACUGGGUCUCAAUCCUUGUGAGGAGUCGUUCAACAAACCUAUGGAGAGGCCAUCUGUUCCAAGUUAUUCAGUUGAUGAGGAACAACCGUGGUGUCCUGGAUGUCAUCAAAUGUUUGGAUCCCGAGCUGAUCUAGAAGAACACCUCAUUGAUUGUUUAUUGUGAAUUGGUUGAUCCUUUUACUUCGUAUUAUAACGGUUCUGUUUGCUGAUAAGUGCUCCAGGAUUUGUUUGUUCGUAUGCUCUUUAGUAUUUCCUUUGUCAUUCCAUGCAAUGAUAACUAUAUCGACUGGAGAUCGUAACCCAUCUACCAUUCUCAAGAUUCAAUCAGAUUAUACUUUGAUCUCUAUGUCCAAGAUGUCCACCCUUUAUCAUAACUGUUCUCACGUAAUUAUGAACUAACAUUUAUUAUAAUUAUCAUCAUCAUAAACAUUUACCAUAUAUACCAUUGUUUUCAUUUCGUUCAGUAAUUGUUAUUACUUCGUAAUAACUUUUAAAAUUUAAAUACUUAAUAAUUUAAUAUAUAGAGUAAACAUUUAUUUAAUCAUACUCGUUAUUUAUACAAUACACAUCAUUUGCUACAAAUUAUUAAUCUUUAUUGCUGUAGUAAUUAUUGUAUCAUAUAGGUAGACGUGAAAUGAAUAUAAUUCUAUCGUAACUGUGAAUAAAUAUAACUUCGAAUUUCC